CAUCACUCCACCUGUCUUCCUUUUUGGAUUUUAUCGUGUGAGGAACAGAGCCGGCAACAUGGUUUCUCAGGGGAUUCAGAUGAUCGGUAUAUCCAUGGCCCUGAUUGGUUGGUUCAUGGUGAUCGUGGUGUGUGCCAUGCCCAUGUGGAAGGUCACUGCUUUCGUGGGGGCCAACAUCAUCACGGCUCAGACGGUGUGGCAGGGCAUGUGGAUGAACUGCGUGGUGCAGAGCACGGGCCAGAUGCAGUGCAAGGUGUACGACUCCAUGCUAGCCCUGCCCCAGGACCUGCAGGCGGCCCGCGCCAUGAUCAUCAUCUCUAUCCUGACCGGGGUCUUCGGGGUGAUCCUGUCCAUCGCCGGGGGGAAGUGCACCAACUGCAUCGAGGAGGAGCGAUCCAAAUCCAAGGCUUGCAUCCUGGCUGGAAUUCUGUUCAUCGUGUCGGGGUUUCUCGUCAUCAUCCCCGUGUCCUGGUCCGCUCACACCAUCAUCACCAACUUCUACAACCCGCUGCUGAUCGAGUCCCAGAGGUACGAGUUGGGAGCGGCGCUGUAUAUCGGCUGGGCGGCUGCUUCACUGCUGCUGAUGGGAGGGGGCCUGCUCUGUUGGAACUGCCCCCCCAAACAAGAAAACCCUCACUACCAACAAAGAUUCACCCCUGUGAAGAGCACCAGCACAUCCAGAGAAUACGUCUGAGAGGGUUAGCCCUUCCUACACGGACUGUUGGGGUCACAGGAAAUGAAACACAGAAUACGAUAGGAUGAUGCUUUACUGUCAGGUCACGUCUGAUGUCUUUCUUGCAUCACAUUAGCUCCAUUUACAACAUCAACAAGGACAGAUUUUAAGAAACAAACAGACAUUCAACAAAACAUUCAAUCACAACAUGUUCAAGACCUUUAACGUACAUUUGAUCUGGAUUUAAACUCCAUAUUUAAUUAUAGAAUCGAGUGGUAAACUAAAUAAGUGCCUCAAUCUAACCCCUUAAAUCAGAAGACUGAAGCAUUUUUCUGUUCACCAGAAAAAUGUAAUCAUAGUUUGCUCAAACUAAAACAUAUAUUCACCGGUAUUGUAAGUAUAGCAUAGAUACAGCUCGAGCUGAAUCCUGAGUUUGGUUUGUGGUUAGUGUCAAAGUGACCUUCCUCAGAGCGGACAUUUUGUCUAGUCAAGCAAGUGUAACUAACAACAUUAACAAUGACUUCCUCACAGGGAGUUGUGCCAGCGGGGCCCUGGGCCUCUCUGUCACCUAGGAGAUGGAAGGCAGCCAUCUUUAAUGUGAGCAAAGCGCUUUCCUAUAAUGAGUGAACAUGAUUUCUUUGACCAGAAUUCUGUCUAUUUAAACAACAAAACAAGACAAAAUAAUAUGAAAGAGCCUUUAAAAAUGUUAAUCCACAAUGUAUUGUGGCAGGUCGAUAAGUAAAAUAUGAAUUCCGAUUCAAUCAAAUCUGUGUAAAUAUUUAGUCAGAUUGUAUUAAUAGUGAAUUAAAAAUGCAAUCAUCUUUAUUCUAUUGAAAUGGUAACAUCUGAACAGAUAUAGGAAGAAAAAGUACAGCUUCCUUUUUCUUAAGCAGGGUCUGUAUUGAUUGGCCUGUCUUGAUAACACAGGGAUGUCAGUAACACGUAAACAAUGUAGGAAAAUGAAUGCAUUUUUCUUUCAUUUUCACACUGCUGAACAAUUUUAUAUCUCUAUUUCUGUGUUUCUGAAUCUUGUAAUGUUCUGUAAAUAAACUCUAUACUCACUGUA